AUGUUUGACGUCACUGCUGCAGCAGAAGUAUUGGGUGUUGGAAAAGUUGUAGCAUUAAUUGUAUGGAUGCAGAGUGUAACACCAGUGGAUAUUGCACUAAAUGUACUGAAAACAAGCUUUGGGGACCUACCUGUGACAACCAUUGUUCUAAAUAUUGCAAUAACAGAUCGUGUAUUCGCGACUCUGGAUUCUGUGAUCAAGGUUGUCCUGAGGGAUUCUGGGGCAGACAUUGCAACCAAUCCUGUAGUGAAAAUUGCAAUGAAGGCAGUUGUUCUCCUGAAAACGGCUUGUGAUUCUUACCAUUUCGGAGCACACUGUACUUCGGAAUGCAGCAACCACUGCAGGAAUGGUACCUGCUUUCAGAAUGGGACCUGUACUUUAGGUUGCAUUGGAAAACUAUACGGUGAUAAAUGUGAGAAGGAAUGUAGAAACUGCGCUUUUACAUGUGACAAGAUCAGCGGAGAAUGUGAUAAAGGAUGUGUUGAUGGAACAUAUGGUUCGUCCUGCAAUAUGAAAUGCAGCAGAGGCUGUGUCUCUGGCUGUGAUCAAUAUUCUGGUCAUUGUAACUGUAUGGAAGGUUGGCAAGGUGACAGUUGUGACAAUUCCCCUGUGGGAGAUUCCCGAACAUUUGAUACCUCAGAUAUGAAAACAUUUAUUGGUGCUGCUGUUGGGACACUUUUAUUUAUUCUACUGGCAGUGGUUUUCCUGUUGUUUGCUAUUAAGUUGAGAAGGAACAAGAAAUCAAGAUCUACGCCCAGUAUGGCCUAUGUUGUUUCGAAAAGGAAUUCAGAAGAUCAAACGAAGAUGUACACCGAAAUUGGGAGUGUUCCGGUCGAACUAGAAGACCCUGAAGAAGAACCACAAAUAGAGAAGCUGGAAGAUGCCGUAUACUACAAUAAUUUAACAGCCGCUAGAGAUAUUUUUGUUGCUGACCUUCUUAGUGUUAUCAAAAACAAGGAAGCUGACGAAAAUGAGGGUUUUACUGCAGAAUUCAAGUCCCUUCCAUAUGGAGAAAGAUUUGACUGCAAUAUAGCCAAAAUGGAAGAAAAUAUAGUUAAAAAUAGAUUUAAAACGACAUUUCCUUAUGAUCAUUCCAGGGUAAAACUGGCAGUUGAGAACGGCUUCACCUCGGAUUAUAUCAAUGCAAAUUACAUAGAGAAUAUGGAAGGGAGACGUGACUACAUUGCAUGUCAAGGACCAACAGCCAAUACUUUGAUAGAUCAUUGGAGGAUGAUUUGGCAAGAACAUAUCGAGUAUAUUGUCAUGUUGACUAAUCUUAUUGAAGGACCUAAGAAUAAAUGUCACCAGUAUUGGCCCGAUGAAAACGAAGAACUAGACUUAGAUCCAUUUUCUGUAGACCUAAUUCAGGAAAAGGUCUAUGCUUAUUUUGUGAUGAGAAUUAUGACACUGCGAAAACAGAAAGUCAGUGAGUCAAGGACUGUCGUGCAGUUCCAUUAUACUAGAUGGCCAGAUCACGGGACUCCCAAUCCACUGAAUCUUGUCGUCUUUCAUAGACACUUCCGACACAAAAUCAAACCAUCUAGGCAUCCUAUUCUCAUACAUUGCAGUGCUGGAAUAGGGAGAACAGGAACAUUUAUAGCCUUUGAUGUUUUGUCCAGGUAUGGCAAGGACAAUGGCAAAGUCAAUAUCAUAGAGUAUGUCAAGGCCAUGCGUAAAGACAGAAUGACAAUGAUACAGAACGUGGACCAGUACAUGUUUCUUUAUAAAGCAUUGUUUGAGUUCUUUAGAAGACAGAAUAAAUAUAUCAGAAGGGAAGAAUACCUUAAGUUCUAUUCGGAUUUGGGCAGACGAGAGACAAGGAAACAGAUCACAGACGAAUACAAUAAACUGAAAAUAGUAAAACCACAUUAUGAGGAUGAAGAUUUCGAAACAGGUAGACAACAUUUGAAACUGAAUAUGACAGAUUUUGUUCUACCAGUUGAGCAAUAUCUAGUACUUUUGACUUCCUACUGCCGGGGUCGUUCUUCCUAUUACAAUGCAGUGACACUGUCGUCUUUUACCCGGGCUGACGAAUUUAUUUCUGCCCAGCUUCCUGUGACUGGCGCAGCCAUUGAUCUAGCUCGUCUUCUUGUUGAUCAAGAAUCACACUUUCUAAUAUCUUUGAAUCCUUUGUCAGAUGUCAAUGAGAUGAAGAUUUGGGUUGAGGAGCAAGUCAAGCAUUUUAGACUGGAUCAAUAUGAGAUCACCAAACGUGCUCAAACAAGAUUGACAAAUGAAAUACGAAAAACAACUGUUGAAAUAAAAAGAAAGAAGGAUGGGUCACAUCAUUUACAUAUUCUUGAGUGCCUUGAUUGGAGCCAUGAUCGACUUCUUCCAGCUGACACAUCCAUUUUGAUAAAUUUAAUCAAGCAAUUCUGUUUUGACCGGAAAUCAGAAGUAGAGGGUCAUGUUACUGUCAUGUCGAUGGACGGAGCAGCAUGUUGUGGUCUAUUCAUCGCUGUAUAUAACGCAAUAGAACAGCUACAACAGGACAACGAAGUAGACAUCUGUACCAUUGUGCAGCAAUUGCAGUGUCGCAGACCGGAAAUGAUUUCAAACAAGGAAGAAUAUGAGUUCUGUUACAGAGCUAUACGUGAUUUUCUGAAUACAGACAGCGUUUAUGCUAAUGCUUAG